AAACUAUCCAACAUUGAAAUAUAGAAACAAUCUGAAUCUUGAUCGUCAAUAGGCAUCCAUUCUUACCACCGAAUAGUUCAUAAACGUCAUCCAUAUCAGUAUCUGAAUCGGAUCGAUAUUUCACCAACCAGGUACUAUCCUCCAGCUUUCACCGCCCAACUCCCUAGAAACAUAUUAGGCUCCAUGAGCCAAACUACAGAAAGUUCUGUUCUCCUCGAUAUUGAGGACGAGGUGCAGGACUGGCGAGCACUUUCGUCGCUCUCUAAGUCAGACCAGGUCAUCCCAAAGCGCGGAGAGAAGGACUUCGAGCCGGAUGGGACCGAUUUUCAAUCCAACAUUCUCGAGGAGUCCCGUACUGCAAUGUACGACGCGCUUAGAGGGGCCCGAGGACACUCCUCUAAACAGCACGUCCAGGCAGUGUUCCACCAGAGUUUAGGGUUGGCGUGUGUGGAGCAGCCCAAGGGUCCAUUUUUCAAAAGCAUGGGCAAGUCUGACAAAUUGAAUGUGUGGCUUACUCCGGAGGAGGUCAUCUACCUUGCGGAAAGAGGCAGCAUCAGUGUACUCACAGAGUUAGGUCUUGAGAUGAGUUUGGAGCACUUGUAUAGCUGUAUCUACAAUGAGGACAACGCGAACGUGAUUGAGCAGUACCAAGUGUACGCCCAUUUGAAAAGACAUGGGUACAUUGUCAUGAGACACGAGGAAAAGGCUGAAGGUACUCCCAGGAAGCACGCAAAGCAAGUGGAGCAGUCGGCUCUAGCUGUGAUAUCUAACGUUUGGAAGUCUCUCUGCCUCAUUUUGUUCCACGGGAAGCCUAACUGGGGAGCCGUUGGGAUUGGAAUGGUAAAGGCCCUCACCAACCCCGCGACAGCAUUAUUUACUCCGAUCACCCAGACCUCGUACUUCCAGCGCGCUUCUAAGGCCGUAGUGCACUAUUUAAGACAGUUAAAGCUCAUUCCAUAUCCACUCCUGCACCCUCAGCACUACCUUUCCUCCAGGUAUACUUCAUUCAAGCAAAUCCUUAUCUCCCUUCGGAUUGUGCCACACUACGACUUGUUUGAAUCGCAUGAGGUUCGAGAAAAAUCGCCAUAUCAAAUUACCUAUAACGUCUGGAAACCCGUCCCUUCGUUCAAGAAAAGUGACCCACCCACGCCCGACUUCCAGGUUUGUGUGGUCAACACUGACACGACCAAGUUUCCGUCGUUGGCUGAGAUACAAACCCUUUUCAAUACCUCUGAUUAUGUUCCCCAAUCCACCGAUACAAGCCACCGGGGCAUACCAAACAAUAAAGUUGAUAAGAACGGGACUCUAAAGAAACCAACGACGCCAGCUCAGAAAGCUACUCUGGCUCGUAUUGCUCGAUUGCGGAAGAUGGACAAGCGGCUAAAGUUUGGGUACCGCAACGUCAUUCUUGCCAUCACCAAUUGCGGGGUGAUCAACUAUGUGCGUCUCAGUGAGGUUGACUUCUCCCGAGAAGAGGUGUACGAGGAGUCGGUGUUAAGGCGUGGGAAAUAGAGAGUGGAGGAAGUUUGAUAGGUGAUGAGGCAUAAUCCAUGCGCAUAUACAUAGAGUAAACUACCCUAUUUGUUUCAUAAUCAUCUUUCAGGUAUAUCCUAUUUUUACUCGUUGGCAAAUUCUCGAUGGUGGAUUUCCUAGGAGUAACGGGGAACUACGUUUCGUGCGUACAUAGAACAAAUGAAACUAGCAGUGUUAGAUUCUAGCACUAUCACUUUAAC